UCAGUGGGAGAAGUCGGAGACAUGUCGAACAACAGUGCAACUAACAGCAGUUUAGCGAUCGCCCAGAAAGCAGUGAAACAACUCAGGCUAGAGGCCAGUGUUCAUCGGAUCAAGGUUUCUCAGGCUGCUGCAGACCUGAAGACUUUCUGUCUGCAGAAUGCCCAGAAAGACCCACUCCUUAUGGGAGUCCCCUCCAGCGACAACCCCUUUAGACCUCCCAAGUCCUGCUCCCUUUUCUGAAGAUGAUCCCACAAUCUUUGAAACACAAACCAGUUCUGGUCGUCCUGAUGAGGAUAGAGUCUCCAGUGUCCCCCCUGCGCACAGACUCUGAAAUCCAAACCUGGACCACGCACGCACGCACGCACGCACACAUACACACACACAAACGUCUGCGACUUAGCUGUGAUGUCGCCAAAUAGCCAAAUGUUUUUAUAGGACACAUUUGUAGGUCUAAUUGUCAGUCUGCAUCACAACUAAGGCUUUAGGGUUUUCUACACCGGGCUGAUGAUGAUCAAAAAUAUUAACAUAUCUAAUAUCUACUGUCGACUGGUCUCUAUGAAGUCAUCAUCGUGCAUUGUUGUUUUUUCUUUCACUGAAGGCUGUCACACAAUUACUGUAACCUGCAUCAACUUUGUGCCUUAUUUAUUGUUAAAAAAAGUAUGCCACACUAAGGCGCCUCGAUAACUCGAUAUAAAACAAUGUCACUGUGUAACAAUGACAGCAUACAGAAUGCACAAGUGUGUUGUUUUCUCUUAAAGAGAAACAGAAAAAGUUGUAAUGAAAAAUGUCCCCAUGUGCCAUGCUUAUCCUCUAUUGUUGACAGGCUUGGCUGAAGGGUUUAAGUUGAAAUAAUGUUGUGAGCCAAGACUGUAAGGCAAUUUUACUGACAUACUACAGCAUUAAGAAUACAACAUAUGUGUCCUUUCACAAUGUGUCCUUUCACAAUUUACAACGUCAUAUUCUGUCAUCCCCACUAACUGGUUACUACCUCUUUAACCACCAUCCCAAGAGUGUUAACGUCAGAUCCUGUGUAUUACUGAGUGUGUUUGCAAAGAUUGUGUAAAGCUUUACUCAAAACUACUAUAGUUCUAUAAGGGUAAUGAAACACCUAGGUUUUAGCCUGACUCAAAAUGCGAAUAAGUGGGGUAGUAGAAUAUGCAACGUUAUAUUGAAGGCUGCUG